AAGUCAAAAGGAAGGUGAAAGAUGCUAAGGAAGACUGAAGAAGUGAAGUCUGACUUUGCUUUGGAACACGAAUCCUAGCAUGUUAUACCACUGUGUCCUAUAUGCCCUGACUCUUGCAGUGCUUGUUGCUGGGAAUGUCCAUCCAGAAUGUGAUUUUAUAGCAGAGCUGAAGAAAAAGGAGGCUGAAUGCCUGGAGAACUCAGAGAAGAGUGGGAAUGCAACAUCAGGUUGCAAGAAAACCUGGGACAAAUUACUGUGCUGGCCAGAGGCAGAUGCUGGAGAGACUCUUGCCUUACCUUGCCCGAACAUCCUCUUUCACUUCAUGGAAGAGCCAGCUGGGAUAGUAAGAAGAAACUGCACAAAGAAAGGCUGGUCAGAGCCAUUCCCUUCCUAUCAUAUUGCUUGUCCAGUUGAAGAUGAGAUUCCACUUGAAGAACAAUCCUACUUUUCUACUAUAAGGAUCAUCUAUACCAUAGGAUACAGUGUGUCUAUUACCUCACUUGUUAUUGCUGUGACAGUUCUUAUGGCAUUCAGGAGGCUACGCUGCCCCAGAAAUUACAUCCACAUACAGCUCUUUUUUACGUUCAUCUUAAAAGAUAUUGCUAUUUUCAUUAAGGAUUCUGUCCUUUUCCAAGAGGAAGACAUUGACCAUUGCAGCUUCUCUACAACUGAAUGCAAGAUCUCAGUUGUUUUCUGUCACUUCUUCACGAUGACCAAUUUCAUAUGGCUGCUAGUAGAGGCUCUUUACCUAAACUGUCUAUUACUCUCAUCCCUUUCUCAUGGAAGAAGAUAUUUCUGGUGGCUGGUUCUCUUUGGUUGGGGUUUUCCAACACUUUUCACCUUUAUAUGGAUAUUAGCAAAAUUCUACUUUGAAGACACAGCAUGCUGGGAUAUUAAUCAAGACUCUCCUUACUGGUGGCUAAUCAAAGGACCUAUUAUAAUUUCUGUUGGGGUCAAUUUUGUCCUAUUUAUCAACAUCAUCAGAAUUUUGCUGAAAAAACUAGACACUAGACAAAUGAACUUCAAUAACUCAUCUCAGUACAGACGUCUCUCAAGGUCAACUCUGCUUCUAAUUCCAUUAUUUGGAACACAUUAUAUUGUCUUCAACUUUCUUCCGGAAUAUACCAGCCUUGGCAUUCGGCUUUAUUUAGAGCUCUGCAUUGGAUCUUUUCAGGGGUUUAUUGUAGCACUCCUCUACUGUUUCCUGAACCAAGAGGUGCAAACGGAAAUUGGUCGGAGAUGGCAUGGUAAGAGAUAUGGACUUAUGCCAGUUUGGAGAAGGACAAGAUGGACUGUGCCAACCAGUUCUGGAGUAAAAAUGAAUACAUCUGUGUGCUAAAGACAGCCUCCAAAUCUGGAGUAAUCACAAUAAUAAGCCUGAUAAGGAAAAAUAAUCAAACAACAACAAAAAAUCCUUAACAACAUCAGCUUGUUGAGAGCAAAUUGGAGGAAGAUCCACUUCUGAAGAAAUUCUGCCCACCAGCUAUCUCUUGCAUUACAAGUGCUGAAGUGAUGGAUUAAAGACUGACUGGCCAAUUAAAAUAACUUUCCCAUGGAUAAACUAUUACAACACAGCAAAUGCAGAUAUUGCCUCUUUUUCAUUCCCUGUUCGUACUCUCUUACGUAUGAACUGUAUAGAAUAAUGUGUUAAGGAGGUGAAACCAGGAGCUCCCUUCAGUGAUACCAUAGAUGAUGAGCUCUGGAAAUGAGCACUCAGUCUUCACACAAUGGGAACAGGCGUCUAUCCAGCUUGUUCAAUCUUUGUUCUUUAUUUCAACUCUGUAGGGAUGCAAACAGGAAACGAAAUGCCUUGUCAAAUUGCAAUGCGUGACUAAAAAGUCCUCUUCUGUUUCUUCUUAUAUUCUCUCUUUGCAAACAAAAAGUCUCAAUGUACAUGGCAAAAACAAAUGCACUCUCAUAUUCAAGUGUUAUUCCAGUAACUACGGGAUAGAAUUUUUCUGAAAGCCAAAUAUCAGAAAGAAGAGGUACUCGGAAGGACACGGCUCCGUAAGAUAGUCAUUAAGGAAUAACUGCUCUUUGCAAGCAAAUUCAAAAGAAAAGUAGUAAAUUUGUUCUGCACAGAAAGAGAAGGUCUAGGAGAGCAUUACGAAUAUUGCUAAGUAUUUUCUCAUGCCUGACUGGUUGUGCUCACCAGUGUUGUAAUAUAAUCA